UAAGUCGGUGUAAGACUCACUGUGCCCUGUCCUGCAUAAGCGGCGUGGUCUGUCAUUGUCCACGCCUGUUCCGAUUUCGUUCGGGCUGUGCACGCUGGGGAUUCUCGUUGGCAGGGGGUAUUCAUGGCGCAUAUACAUAAAUAUGUUUUCUUGGCUGCUCACGUGGUUUACUAUAGAGAGUGCUGCCUUAUAUUUGGGUUGACUGCUCUUUCUUUUUUCAAAUUAUGUUUUGCCUUUAGUUUGCUAUGGUACCUAUACGUACAGGCAUCCCACUCUCCGCUCCUCGCAUUCAUAGCCAUUGUUUCUCAACUUGUUGUCCGUGCCUGCGCUGCUUUCGUUCGGUCGUGCGCGCUGGAAUUCUCGUGGCAGGCAGGCAACUCCGUGGUGCAUACAUGAAUACAUUUUAUCGACUCGCGCGUGGGUUAUGCUACUGUAUGUUUUCUUUAUUUUUUAUUUCACUCUCUUAUUUUAAUGUACUUGUUGUUGAACUUCGCCGGUGUUUUGCCAUAGUUUUUGCGAUAUUAAAGCACGGUAUAACAUCUUUGCUUUCUUGUUCCGCUCUUCUUGGGGGCCUUUUUUGUCUUCGUCUUUCUCUUCCGUCCUGACGUGGCCGCUGUCGAGACGAAAUGCGCGAGAAGCGGCGGCCCCGCGAGGCUCGCGGUCUCGCAGCGCGCGCAUCGUCGUUCGAUUGAGCCGGCGACUGCGAUGGGGUGCCCUCGGUGGACCGUGGUGGCUGCCUUGCUGCUACUGGCCGUGCCUUCGCUGUUGGCGGAGAGCAGCGAGGCGCCCGACGACGAGCAGCCGCAGCCGCCGGCCGACGUCGCCGCCGAGGGGCAGGCGACGAGCGGGGCCAGCAGCAUGCACGACGACGAGCGCACUGGGGAGCAGACCCCCGUCGCCUCGCAGCAGGAGCAGGCCGACGAGACCUGGGCCAAGGCCGAGGCGCUGCAAACGUCGGAGACCUACGGGUGCGGCGAGACGUGGGAGACGUGCGACGCCAAACGCACCGACGACGACGACGACAAGUGAACUGGCUUGCAGCUCAAGCGCUGGAUGGCUUGCGUCAUCACGUAGCUGCAUUGCGGCAGCAUGACCCGGAAGCGCGCCCUACCUGAUGCCAAAUUGCUCCCCCCGCCUCGUGCAUCGCCACCCCAUCCACUCCGCCACUGCACACCCAAGUUUAUGCAUCGGCCUCUGUGGACAACAAGAAGUCCUGGUUCAAUAUUGCUGGUAUUAAUAAAAUUAACCC